AUGGCGGACCCGCAGCGCGUCCUACGCAUAGGGGUUCCUGACGAUCAUCUGACGCGCACACUAUGCCGCUGGGCGCCCGAACUGCAGCAAAAGAACCGGAUACGCUCGCACGCCUACCUUCCCCGGCCGUCGACGGAGUUGACUCGCGCCAGGCCAGCGCCGAUCUGCUUCCACGUCUAUGGCCACAAUUCCCCAACUGAGACGCAGACCGCCGCGCAUACGGCAGCACAACCCGUGGCCGAGCGCCGCAAGCCCCAUGCACACGAUCACGUGAUCGUGCUUCUCCCGUCGCGGUCUAUGCCUGCAACGCAGAGGGGUUGGUUAGCGAAGCGCGCAUUCCUUACGUUCGCCCCCCGGGGCUUCUGCGAAGGAGCUCUACUUACCGGCGUCGUGCUAUCCAAACAAGGCCCCUCGCAUGCGGGGGUUGUCAUCCUCGAAAUCAAGGCUCGUAUCGGCGUCAUCGGAGUCCCAACGAGCACCACCCGCCGCAGCGGGGGCAGCCUCCACGAGAGGCGCAAUCUGCACGGGAGGAGCGGCCAGCGCGGGAGGGACGGCUUGAACAGGAGGUGCAUUCGCCAGCCCUGCAGCGACGUGCGGCACCGCCGACGUAGUCACUGCGUCUGCCUCGGCAGUAACUACUGGCGCCGCCGCAGGCGGAGCACCGCUAGGGCUACGUCCGCCACGCUGGCCUCGUCUGGUCGCAGACGGCGGGUGCGCAACGCGGUCCGAGAGCGAGCGUCCGCCCGAAUGAUGCGCUCGGCUGCGACCACGACCGCGACCGCGACCCCAGGGCCCGGCUUGUCCAGCAUGCGAGCGGCGACCAAACGGACGGCCGCGUUGGUUGGCUAUGCCGCGGUCCCUCUCGGCGUCCAUGCGACUGGCCUGUUGCGCAAGACCAGCGAUUUGCGUACGGGCGGCCGCGUUGUGCGCAAGAAGUGCGGUGAGCGCAUCGGCGCUCAUGGAGACGCCAGGGCAGGCGGAAGUCGGACGACGCUCCGCCGCUACCAA